AUGGGUUGUGGCAAGACUAGUGCGUCAGCCGGAGAGGACACGUCCGGAGCCCUGGGCAUGCGUCACCACAGCGGAAUAGAGCAGUCAGUUUCGGCCUGUUGCACCAAUCAGCGUCGGCGCGAUUGCCCGACCCAGGCAUUUCCCGGGCCAACAGGCCCCGUGUGCCACCAGACGGUGCCGUGCAAUCCCAAUCUGUUCGGAUCGAUAGGACUGGUUCAAACUUCUGCUCGCCAAAGUGAGCCGAGUCAAAUGAGUGGAUCCGGCCAAGCCUCGGACUCGGCCGCCUCGGCAAGAGCUGACGCGGUCGAUUGCGCCGGCGCUGACGCGAUUUCGCCUCAGCCGACGAGCAAGAGGCCCGAGGCCGCCGGCGCCUCGGGGUUCGAGCGUCUGGUGAGCCGAAUUCGCAGGUCCUUCGCUCGCCGGCGCCCUCGAGCCGAUCGGGCGGGCCGUGAGACGACGAGCCCGGGCAGAGAGGAGACGAGAUCAUCAGCAGUCGGCUGCUUCAGCUCCCUUGGCGGCAAGAUCAAGGCGACAAAGGCAAGUCAGCAGCAGGCCUGCGUGGUUGACAAGGCGCCGAAGAAAAAGCCGAGAAAAAACCGAAAAGUGCCCGGAACCGUGUUGGUAGGUGAAGAUGCCUUUGCUCUCAUUUUAACACCCUCCUCCAGCCCACCUGCAUGCGACCCUCGCCAGAGGGUCUGA